AUGUUGGGAACAAACAUUAAAGAAAUAAAAGACUUGGUUGGUAUUUCAUUAAUAAUGGGAAUAGUGAAAAUGCCUGCAUAUACAGACAACUGGGCUCCAUCUACAAAAUAUGGACAAGUUUCAAAUGUAAUGUCAUUGCGUAGAUAUCAACAACUUAUGAGAUGUCUUCAUUUUUGUGAUAAUAAUUGCCCUGAUGAUUUUGAUAGAUUUUUUAAAGUUCGCAAGCUCUUAGACAUAAUUCGUAACAAUUGUUUAUCUGUACCACAGGGUAAAAGAUUUUCUGUUGAUGAAAUGAUGAUCCCUUACAAAGGCAAAAAGGCAGGAUCUAGGAAACAAUAUAUUAAAAACAAACCUAAAAAAUGGGGUUAUAAAAUGUUUGUUAGGGCAGGCAUAGAUGGCAUGGUUUAUGAUUUUUUAAUCUAUUCUGGUAACUGUACUUUUCGUGGUAUAACUUUUUCUCCUCGUGAAAUGAGUUAUUUUGGCUUAGGACCAAGAGUGGUCAUUGCGCUAUCGAUAUCAAUACCAGAUAAACCAAUGAGUGUUAUAUAUUUUGACAAUUUUUUUACUACUCCUGAGUUAAUAAGCUACUUGAGAUCUGAGUUUGGUAUAUUAAGUUUAGGCACUAUUAGAAAACAGCAUCUACGAGGAUGUCCUCUAAUUGAAGAUAAAAAGUUAAUGAAACAACCAAGAGGCACUUAUGAAUACCUUUGUGAUAAAUCCAAAAAAGUUAUAAUUUUAAAAUGGCUUGAUAAUAAGGUAGUUAGUUUAGCCAGUUCCUAUACACAAGAAAGUAAAUCGAACACUAACAUUAUACAGCGAUAUUCAAAAGAUGCAAAAAAAGGGUGCCUGUUCCAUACCCUAAUAUAG